AUGGCGUCCAUGACGGCAGCUACAGACGUGAAACCGGCGUCGGCCGCUAGCGGCCCGCAGCUGAAGCUGCUGGUGGACAGGCGUUCGCGGCGCGUGCUGUACGCGGAGGCCCGCAAGGACGCGGUGCACUUCCUGAUUGGCCUGCUGCGCGUGCCCCCGGGCCUCGCGGCGCGCGCACUGGCCAAGCGCGGUGAGCCCGCGCUGGGCUCCCUGGGCUCGCUCUACGCGGGCGCGCUGGCCCUAGACGACGCCUUCUUCGUCUCCAGCUCGCCCAACCGCGACGCGCUGCUCAGCCCCUCGACGCUGCCCUCCGCCGCGCUCCCGCUGCUGCUCGGCGAGGGCGCGGUCCCACCGGCGCCUCCCCCGCCUCAGCGGUUCUUCCGGUGCAACGCGUACGCGCCGUCGCCAUGCACCGGCUGA